CGGCACACAAGGCACCGGUGCACGGCGAGAGGGGGCCCGGGGACCCGCCGCUCCCGUGUGCGACAGCCUCGCGGUCCACCCUCCCCAGCGGGGGCUCAGUUCCCGGCCCGCGGUCCCCUUCGCCGCUCGGCGCUCGCGCAUCCCGUGCGUCCGGCUCCUUCCCGCGCCGCUCCGCAUCCCCUGACACCGCCACCCAGUCUCCCCCCGCUCCCCGCCCCCGGGGCGGGGGUUUCUUCCCCCAAGACUAGACGCGCUUGAGGUCAUAAGCAGAUCCAGGUGAUGUGCGUUCAUUGCUGAGUGACUCCUUUCCCACCCACAAACUGCAGGGACAGCUGGGGACCUGCCAGGCAUAGGCAUGCCUGUGCUGUCUGAAGACUCGGGUUUGCAUGAGACCCUGGCACUUCUGACCUCUCAGCUCAGGCCUGACUCUAACCACAGGGAAGAGAUGGGCUUCUUGAGGGACGUCUUCAGUGAGAAGAGCCUCAGCUAUUUGAUGAAGAUUCACGAGAAACUCCGCUAUUAUGAGAGGCAGAGCCCGACCCCAGUCCUGCACAGUGCCAUGGCCCUCGCUGAGGAUGUGAUGGAGGAGCUGCAGGCCGCCUCUGUGCACAGUGAUGAGAGGGAACUGCUGCAGCUGCUGUCCACCCCCCACCUCAGGGCUGUGCUCAUGGUACACGACACAGUUGCCCAGAAGAACUUUGAUCCUGUUCUGCCCCCUCUGCCUGAUAAUAUCGACGAGGAUUUUGAGGAGGAAUCGGUGAAGAUUGUUCGCUUGGUAAAGAAUAAAGAGCCCCUGGGUGCCACUAUCCGAAGAGAUGAGCACUCAGGGGCCGUCGUGGUGGCCAGGAUCAUGCGAGGGGGUGCGGCAGAUCGGAGCGGUCUGGUCCACGUUGGUGAUGAGCUCCGAGAGGUGAACGGGAUCGCCGUCCUGCACAAGCGUCCAGACGAGAUCAGCCAGAUUCUGGCCCAGUCCCAGGGAUCCAUCACCCUCAAGAUCAUCCCUGCCACCCAGGAGGAAGACCGCUUCAAAGAGAGCAAGGUGUUCAUGCGUGCCCUCUUCCACUAUGACCCUCGGGAGGACCGUGCCAUCCCCUGCCAGGAGGCAGGCCUGCCCUUCCAGCGGAGGCAGGUCCUGGAGGUGGUGAGCCAGGACGACCCCACCUGGUGGCAGGCCAAGAGAGUGGGAGACACGAACCUUCGAGCUGGGCUCAUCCCCUCCAAGCAGUUCCAGGAGAGGCGGCUGAGCUAUCGGAGAACAACUGGCAGCCUGCCAAGCCCCCAGAGCGUCAAAAAGCCCCCCUAUGAUCAGCCUUGUGACAAAGAGACCUGUGACUGUGAAGGGUACCUCAAAGGGCACUAUGUGGCUGGCCUUCGGAGAAGCUUCCAGCUAGGCUGCAGGGAGAGGCUGGGUGGCUCACAGGAGGCAAAGGUGCCCUCAGGAGCAGAGUCUCAGGAGCUGCUGACCUACGAGGAGGUGGCCAGGUACCAACAGCAGCCUGGGGAGCGGCCCCGCCUGGUGGUUCUGAUUGGAUCUCUGGGAGCCCAACUCCACGAGCUGAAGCAAAGGGUGGUGGCCGAGGAUCCCCAGCACUUUGGUGUUGCUGUACCACACACCACCAGGCCCCGGAAGAGCCAUGAGAAAGAAGGGGUGGAGUAUCACUUCGUCUCCAAGCAAGCGUUCGAGGCUGACUUACAUCACAACAAGUUCCUGGAACAUGGUGAAUAUAAGGAGAAUCUCUAUGGGACCAGCCUGGAGGCCAUUCGCGCUGUUAUGGCCAAAAACAAAGUUUGCUUGGUGGAUGUAGAACCGGAAGCACUAAGACACCUGAGGACCCCUGAGUUUAAACCCUAUGUUAUAUUUGUGAAGCCUGCAGUUCAGGAGAAAAGGAAGACGCCUCCUGUGACCCCAGACUCUGAGGACACAGCAGCUCCGCUUGAUGAACAGCAGCAAGAGAUGGCCGCCUCUGCCACCUUCAUCGAUCAGCACUAUGGGCACCUGAUAGACACUGUGCUUGUGAGGGAGGACCUGCAGAGCAUCUGCAGCCAGCUCAGAGCUGUCAUAGAGAAGCUGAGCAAGGACACUUACUGGGUACCCAUCGGCUGGGUGAGGUAACUUCAUCCUGUAGCAUCCAGUCUGGAGGGACCUCGAAGACCACAUUGUCCAGCCUCCCUCAUGUAUUGUCAAGGAAUCUCGAGUACAGAGAGGGGCAGGAUUUCCCACAAACUCUCGUCACUGAGUUUUAGUGGGAAGCCUUGUUUGGUGUUGGAUUUUUGUCUGUCUUUUUGCACUGCACCCCUUCGUGGGCUGAGUUGAAAGGGGGCGGUUCACAGGACAACAUGUCGUUCAUUAAAGUCUCGCAGGCAAGUUGGCCUUGAUUCUUUGUACCAAAGCUAUGAAGCCACUGUCUUUGGGGGUGGUGGUGGUGAAUUUAUAGAGUGAUUUACAGUGAUGUUUCAGCUUUAUAAAUGUGACACUUCUCUGGUCCAGCUUUGUUGGAAAUUGUUCUCCCCGAGGGGAUCUUCUGUGCAAAUGAAGACCUGUCUUGCAGCACUGAAAUAUUACUUCAAAAAAAAAAAAAAAAAGGUUGUUUUGAUCGUGCUUGCCGGGUGGUAGGGAAAUUGAUUCCCUGACUUUUCACGUAGUACACAUACAUGAUGUUUUUCCUGCAAGACAGAGGCACACUUAACAGUCCGCAUGGCUCACUAGACUAUUCUACAAUGCAGCAGUGCCUUCGGGGACUCUUGAGGAAUGUCGGGCUGCCGGUCCCCUUUCUGAAUACCCCCAUGCCCCUGAAAGUGAGUCCUUGCUGUGUCUGUCCUAUACUAUCAGUUGUCCGUCAUUACGCCUUGGUUCUAGGCUGACUCCAUUUUCAGAUUUGGGCUCCUGUUGUGCUAGAUUGUGGGGAAUCAGAUGACCCCCCCCCAUCUGUCAAAGCUGUGUCUAAGCCACAAUAAAUGAGUCCUGUGAAAAGUA